UAACUGAAGGCCGAUUUGCAGAAGUACCUGCCGUCGGGUGACAUCUCUCAUAGUUGUUUGGUUGUCGGUCGCUGGUACCCAGCCGGAUACAGUUAAUUAAGGUUCGUUCCCGAUUUGGAGCCAUGGCCGGACCCAUGAUCAAAGUCGAGAACGCCAGGAAGUUUUUCGUCGGCCAAGGUUUCAUCCUCAAUGGUUUAUGCAUGUCGGUGGAGAAAAACACAAUUUAUGGUUUACUUGGGCCGUCCGGCUGCGGCAAGACGAUUCUGUUGAGUUGUAUACUCGGGCGGCGGUCAUUUGACUCUGGAAAAAUCACCCUCGGAGUCACAGACAGGAAAGAAGUCGGAUACAUGCCACAAGAGGUCGCUCUAUUCGCGGAAUUCAGCAUUGAAGAGAUCUUCAACUUUUACGGAAGGCUUUUCGGAUUAUCGCGCGCCUCGGUGCGAUGCAGAAUCGGAGAACUGCAGGAGGUGCUGCACCUGCCUCCCUGGAACUGUCGCAUAGGGAGCCUCAGUGGUGGAGAACAAAGAAGAGUGUCUUUUGCAGUUGCCCUCAUCCACAACCCAACACUUCUAAUAUUGGACGAGCCCACAGUUGGCGUAGAUACCGAACUUAGUCACAAUAUUUGGCAGUACUUGCUAAAACUAGCGAGCACGGGUAAAACUAUAAUUAUAACUACACAUUACGUAGAAGAGGCGAAACAAGCUCAUAAGAUCGGUUUAAUGAGAGGUGGUGAGCUUUUGUGCGAAGGGACUCCGCAGAACGUCAUGGCCAGUCAGAACGCGUCGACUCUGGAGGAGGCUUUUUUCGAACUUAGCAAAAAACAGAAACUACUGCCUGCUGAGAGCAUAAACUUUCAAAAAGAGCGAGAAGUUGGACAAAUGCCACUCCAAAAAGGUGAAUUGUUUAAUUGGGACAGGUUCACGGCUCAGCUCAUCAAGAACGUCUGUUGGAUGAAAAGAAACACAUUAAUAAUGUUCUUCUUACUUUUACUUCCUGCGAUGCAGUCUUUCUUUUAUUGUAUUUCUUUCGGGCAAAACCCGAAGACCUUGAACGUAAUUCUAGUCUCAGACGAAUUGAAAGGAGGUUGCGGGUCGACAGUUCUAACUUUCAAUUGUUCGUCUUCCUUCACAUGCCCGUUUGUCUGGGAGUUAGAACGGUUUAUGAAAAUUGAAAUCUCUCCGGACCUGGACAGAGCGACGCACAGCGUCCAGCAGAACGAGGCUUGGGCAGUCAUCGACGUCCCGACUAAUUUUUCUACCUCCCUCUACGACAGAAUCUUCGAAGGGCAGAAUGUGGAUAACAUGACUCUCGAUCAGAGCACCAUUUAUGUAACUAUGGACAUGUCAAAUUACAUCAUAGCAAAUCUUUUGAGGAAGAAAAUAGGCGACGCUUAUGUCAACUUCAAGAAGAAAUUGAUGGAUUCUUGCUCAUUACCAAGAAAAGUCGCUUUAACCCCAGUCAAGUUUAUGGAGCCGAUUUUUGGAGAUUCUGACCCUGUAUUUGCUCACAGCGGUCUUCCUGGAUUCUUUUGCUCGUUUUGUUUUUAUUUUACAAUGAUCUUCACCUCGGGAGCGAUAAUGAUGGAGAAACUUGUCGGCUUGUUGGACCGCAGCAUGGUCGCCGGUAUGACCUACCUGGAAGUGAUAUCUGCUCACCUUGCUGUCCAGUUCGUUCUAAUGUGCGCGCAGAAGUUUGUCAUGAUAACCGUUUUCUACAUUUGGUACGACAACCCUCUUGUAGGGAGUUUAACGCUCAUUGUCUCUUUACUUUUCUGCAUCGAAAUGGUCGGCAUUGCGUAUGGUUUCUUGUUGACGGAGGUUUUCUCUUGUGACCGUCUCGUCUCCUACGCUGGCAUCGGUGCCACCUUGGCCGUUUUCAGCCUCGGAGGAAUCAUUUGGCCGAUAGAAGGCGCCCAUCCAAUAAUAAGAUCGUGGGUCUGGCUCUUCCCGGUCUCUCCUGCGGUUGUGAGCUACAAAGACAUCUCGUCGAAAGGAUACGACCUGUCGUAUCACACUGUCUACCAGGGUUUCAUAUCCUGCAUUGCUUGGACUGCCAUUUUUGCCAGCACGACGUUGAUUAUAGCUAAAUACAAAAAGGCGAGAAAAAUAAUUUAAAAAAUGGAUUUAUUUGUUAAUAAACAGUGUGAUUUUUAUUGA